CUGGACAAUGUACAACUCCCCCACCCCCCGCGAGCGCCUCCCCACUCUUGCAGCGUGUUUAAAUUGCGCGGGGCGGGGAUUUAAUUGAGAGGAGCUUGCGGCCUGGAUGGUCAAUGUCAGAUUCUCUGUGUUGGAAGACCGUGUAGGAGACAGACGGACCAGGGCACACACACACACACAACACACACACACACUUUGCAGAAGUAGCCAGAAAGCUGCAAAUCUCCGCUUCCUCUUCUUGUUUGGAACGUUGCGAUGCUGGGAUUUCCUCUGCUUUCUCCCCCUCCCCCCUCCCCCGUGCUGGCGUUUGCAGCUGCAUACAGGGACGUUACUUUGUCUUUAUUCCAAUAGAAUAGAUCCUGCGAGGGCUUUUUUCCCUUCCCCCGCUUCAUCUCCCCCCCACCCCGCCGUGGUGUGUGUGUGUGGCAUGAGAUCGCUUCUAUCUUCUAACAGAGCGGAAUGUAGCCGGCUGGAAAAUGCAGAACUCAAACUUCUCAUUUUGCACAUGAAGAUUUUCUUUUCCAAAGCGUGGUGCAGCUGUGGAGCCAUUGCUUUGCGCUUUACGAAACCAGGCGGUUCCGACUGUAUCUCUUGGGCCGAGAAGAAAAUGCAACUCUGCACUAAAAAGCACAAGCCCAAUCAGGGAUCGCGAGAAGGUAAUGAAUAAAUGGUUCGGAUCAUAUUUGCCUCAGGAGACUAAAUCGAAGAGCUCCCCUUCUCGCACCCAUCGCAACAAGAAAAACCUUUCUCGCCGACCCCCACCUUCUCUCCACAAACCACGGGGAAAAAGGCAAGCGAGCAGCAGCAAUGGCGUGGAAGAAGGGGGGAAAAAGAGAUUAGAUUUCGCUUCUCUCUCAUCAAUUUUCUGUUUAAUGUCACUGCUCUCCAUUGUGGGAGAGAGAGGCACGUCAUCCGGCCAUAAAUUUGAGAUUAUAGAGCCUCCAGUUCCGUCUUGGUGCCCUAAUUGAAUGGAUUUACUCCACACGGGCAGGUAGGGGGACCUUGGAGCUGGAGCAAAAUACUACCGACUAAAUACUAAAUUCAUAAUAACAGCAACAAGGACUGUGUCGUCGUCGUCGUAAAAACGAAUCCUCAAACGCAGCAGCGGUGGAAAAAACACAUAUAUGGGAUCUUAACCGCGCACAUGCAAAAACCAUCUCCCGUUUCCGCUUUCUAGAGAGAAAGAAAGAGAGCUCCAGGGAAAGAGAGAGAGAGAGAGACUUGGGGGGGGGGAGAAGCUCACCUGUAUUCCAAUGUAGGCGUUUUCCAUCCCUCGACCUGGAUUUGGCUGUUUCCACUGGCCCACUUCCCCCCGCCCCGCAAGUGGGUUUUUUUGUUUCUGUGGUUUGUUAAACAGAACUUUGACCCGGGAAAGCAGCGAUCUAGCAUGAGGCUGGAUCCCCGGUGCCAAGAGAAGCGGAGGAGCCUUGGAGGACGAUUACUAGCCUCGUGCUGAGAGAAGCCCUUCCCUCCUCCCCACGCCCGGUGCCUCUCCCCGAGGGGGAUCCUCGCCGCCUCCAAGCCCACCCCGCUCCUGGCCCCCUUCCUUGCCGGGGCUUCGGUUGCAGGAGCGCUGCCCCGGUAUGGAUGGCCGGGAGUUUGCGCCUCCGCCUCACCUCCUGGCCGAGAGGGGCCACCGCAGCAGCUCCAGCCGCCUCGCUUCCGCCGGGCACAACUCGGUGCAGCACGGAGGACACUUCCAGCCUGGGAAAUACUUCCCCUCGCCCAUCUCCAUGGCUACGCACACAGGGCUCCAAAGGACUGGCAGCAUGGCACCAGAGGAGAGCAGGGGUGUGGCAGGAAGCGGGUUGAUGGGAAACUCACCUGCCUCAUCCUUUAUGGGCAGCUUCCUAAGCAGCAGCUUGGGCUCAGCAGCACCCCCACAUCCUACUGGCCCUGCAUCAUCCCCAUCAGAACCGGCCUUCCGUGGCCCCCACUCCGGCACCUCCCAGAUCUGGUUCUCACACUCCCAUGAAGCUCCAGGUUACCCGAGGUUCUCUGGGAGCUUAGCAUCCACUUUUCUUCCCAUGAGCCACUUGGAUCACCAUGGAAACAGCAAUGUCCUGUAUGGUCAGCACCGUUUCUAUGAGAGCCAGAAAGAUAAUUUCUAUCUGCGGAACCUGCCGGCUCAGCCUACCCUGCUAUCAGCCAAUCACAACUUCCCCAGCAUUGCCCGGGCAGCUCCUGGUCACCCGAUUGGCUCCUGCAGCCGGGACCGAGAGGCUGGCCAUGGACAAAAGUGCCACAAGGACUACGAGCGCUUUGUGUUGUCAAAGGACAAGGGGGCCAAGGGUGAGGGCAAGGAACGAGCUAUUGAUGACGAGGCCAAGGAGCGGCACAAGCUGGUGAUGCCCAUGACACCUGAGGGGAACUGCAAGGAGGGGCCUCCCCAGCGGACUUCUUGUGACAACAGGCCCAAACACUUGCCCUCGUGCCUGCUGAGCUCCAAGGUCUUGAAUGGCGACUCGGGCAAAGCUGUACUUCCCAGCUGUGGUGGUGGCAUCCUGCCACGCCACGCUGGUGCCCAGAGCCGUUGUGCCAAGGAACUCAGCCACCAUGAGCCCCCGCAGUCCUACAGCGAGUGCCUGGAGCGACGACAGAUGCUACACCACUCGGUCUCCUACACUGUCCCAUCUAGUCUGCCCACUGGGCCUCCAGCUCUGAGCACAACAACUGGCAGCUUCCCUUGCCUGCAGCUUCAUUCCAGCCCAGACGGGAUGUGUCCUCUGCAGGAUAAGGCCAGCCGGGAAUUACGGAUCAGUGGGGCCACUUUUGUGCCUUCUGUAGGCCACUUGACUGACAAGAGCCGCUCCUUCCAGGUGCCAUCUGAGCCCUGUGAGGGCAAGGAGCGCCCCCAUGACGUGGGCCCAGAUCAUCCACCCACCUAUGGAAACCACCCUUUCUCUCACCUCAAAGCGGAGGGCAAAGCUGAGCGGCGGCUAGAUUGGCCACAGAAUUCCAAUGCCCGCCUCAAAGGCCUGGAGUACCUGAACAGCACUGGCUCUGAUAGCCAUUUUGGCAGUUUGCCUCACCAACCUAAGAGUGGGCACUUUGAGAUGGUGCCACCCCAGGACUGUGCCCGGCCCAGCCCUCAGGAGACACUGUGUAAACUCAGCCAGUCCUGCUGCACUUUAGACAAGGCCCCUAAGGAGCCGCCUCCCCCUAGCACCCAGAAAGUGGCUCGUAUCCGCCACCAGCAGCACUUGCAGACAGAGAUGGAGCAGGCAGGCACCCAUGCAGAGUCCAAGCGCAAGUCCAUGGAGCUCAGCUCUCUGGGCUAUAAUGGACCACACUUGCCCCCGUGGCCAGUGCAGGGCCAAGGCCCCCCCUUGUCAAUAGCAGAGGAAAGGAAAGGCUCCUACCUGGACCCUUUCAGCAGCAGUCUCCAGCAGGCGGCCCUCAUGACACAGGGUUCAGUGCUGACCCAGGAAAUGCAGACCCCUCCGGAUGAAGUGUCAGCCAUGAAAAACCUGCUGAAGUACAGUAACCAAGCACUUAUUGUGGGCCAGAAAGCUCCUUUUGUGGGGCUGGGCAGCCUCAAGGGCAGCUGUGCCCACCAGGAUGGGAGCAAGUUCUUGGGGGCCAAGGGACAACAGGAGCUGGAACGUCCAGACUGUGCCCGCAGUAGGGACCAUGAGCUGGGCCAUGGGGAUGGCGAGGUGCGUCAGCCUCCUGUGGGCAUUGCUGUGGCCGUGGCCCGUCAGAAGGAUACACUGAGUCGGCCUGAACCAGCCUAUGGAUCCAGCUCCAGUCGGCAGGGCCGGGCUGCCAUGGGCCUCAAAGCUGGUGUGGCACGGCCUGUGCAUGUCAUCGACCUGGAUGCGGAGGAGGAACGAAGCCGGCUGUGUGAGGAACGUCUGGGACUUGGAGGGAGAGACCUCCUACUCCAAGAUAACAAGGACCUAGUGGAGUUUGCCCGCAUCCACCCAUCAAGCAGCUGCCCUGGAGACCUUACCCCACACCUGAUGAUUGCAGGGAGUUCCUCGCUGCAGGCUAGCCAGCUGGGAGGAGACCCAGCAGCUCACACGCAUCCAGCCCAUACACACUGGUUGCCCCGGACUCGCAGCCCUUCACUUUGGAUGGGUGGACACUCAUACGGCAUCGGACACCCCGCUCUCCAUCAGAACCUGCCACCUGGCUUCCCAGCCUCUAUGCCCAGUGCCAUGCAACCAGUUUUCCCUCUGUCACAGGAGCCGCCUGCUCAGCUAGUCAUCCUGCCCUCUGAGCCUCCAGCCCAUGGUGCCCCCCACACCCUGGCAGCUGAGGUGAUGGACCAGGCAUCUAUUUGGCCACCCAUGUAUCCUAGCCGAGGGCCUGGCUCUCACCUGCAGCACACGGGGCAACUCCCUGUCUACUCCCGCUCCCAGUUCCUGCGUCAGCAAGAACUCUAUGCUCUGCAGCAGCAACAGCAGCAGCAGCAACAGCGUGCAGCACAGGCACUCGAAGUGCAGCACAGGCACACACACAGCCAGCGGAAGCCAGAAGAGCCUCUCCCUGAGCUGGAGAUGCCAGGCCCUGAGAAGCCGUUGAAACCAUCCCACAAAGCUGUUGCCUUAAAUGUUCCUCCGAAGGGCCUGUCGCCAGCAGUCGCCUGCUCAGCCAAGCUCUCUCCCUGCUGCCACCCGCCCAAAUGCCCUGCCCCCUGCACUUUACCUGUCUGCCCUGCUGUGGUGCCACGCUCGCCAGCUGUAAGUCCAGUGCCCUCGCAGAGCUCCACUGGUCCGGAGGCUGAGAACAAGCAGCCUGAGGGGCGGCCAGCCCAGGACUAUCCCAAAUCGCUAGAACCAGACCUCCCUCCUGGUUAUUCCUACCCUGUGGCUGGUCUGGGCUAUGCAUCACCUUUACCUCUGGACCCAGCUGAUCCUGACACUAUGCAAACUGUUUCCACGGCAGCGGAGCCUGAACAGUCACGCACCUUCCCACCAGAGCAGGAGCCACGCUGCGAGACAGAAGCCAGUCCUCCCAGUGGGGCUGGGAACACUGAAGUGGGACUUCCCCAUCCUCACCCUCCCCAUCUCCUCGUGCAUCCCCAAAGGCCAAGCUCCACAGAGCUGGCCAAGGAAUCUCCCCCGUGCUGCCCUCUACUGGUUGGGGACAGCCCAGGUGACUUGAACUCUCCCCCCCAAGAACGCCAGGAAGAGCCCAGGCCAGAUGCUGCCAUCCCAGGGCCUUCCCCAGAGGUGAUGGCUGUGGAGGAUAGUCCAGUGGCAGCACUGGAAGAGGACUGCCAGGAGGAGGACAGUGACACUGCCUCGCUAGAUGUCCCAUCAACACAUCCUGAUGCGCAGGUGGCACCGUGUGGCCUGGAUGCUCUCAUUGCUGCCAGCAUCAACCUGGGUGAACUCCCAGCCUUGGAGCCGUCAUCUCCUGCUGCUCUCCUUCCCUUGCCCUCUCCGUGCAGCUCAGGGAUUCCUGGCAUUGCCCUGCUCAGUGAGCUGGCUGAACUGGAACUCCGGCGGCAGCCCUGUGACAUGGCCACCCAAGUGCUGGACGAAGACCUGGCAGCAUUCAAUCUGCAAAAUCUGGCCACCCUUGCUGCAGCCUGGGCCCUUGUUGAGGCUACUGGCCUAGAGAGUAGCCCACCUGACCUCCGCAACUUGGCAGAUGCUGCACCAUGUAUGGACCUGCGCCCUCGCGUGCGGGUCUCCCGCCGCACAUACAUCUGGACUCCCAAAACCAAACCUGUUUGCCCUCUGAAAGCCGCCAUUGAGAACUUGGACACCCAGGAGGUAGAGAUGCGUAUGCGGCUAGCAGACUUGCAACGCCGCUACAAGGAGAAGCAGCGGGAGUUGGCCAAGCUGCAAAGGCGGCAUGACCACGAGCGAGACGAGAGCUCCCGGAGUCCAGCUCGACGGGGACCAGGGCGACCCAGAAAACGCAAGCACUCCAGCACACUCGGCUCUCUGAGACAGGGCUCAAUCAGCAAGAGUGACAGGAAGGUCAAAUCAGUAAAGGCCAGUUUAUCUCUGCUGUGUGCAGAACUGCGGGCUGAGGGGGAGCCCAAGAAGAAGAAAAGGAAAAUAUCAGAGACAACUUACAGUGCUAUCAAGAACUCCCAGGAAAAGGUGCGUUGCAAGAAGAGCAGCUCCCAAAGCAAACUGGCUUCCAACGUGGUACACAAAGUCUCCCAUCUCAAGCCGAAGGUCAAGAGCAAAGGCUUGCCCACAAGCAUUGUCCCAUUCCGCCGAAAAGAGCCGAGCCCUGCCACUCGGAUCCAAAAGAAACUCUCUCGGCCUAAGACCUCCAAAGCGACACCUCCAGCCAAAUAUCCACAGCAGGACCUGGCUACCUUGGAGGCCAAGCCAAGUACAGGGAACGCUGACGCAGAUGACAAUCGCCACAGAGACUACGAAAGUGAUGAUGAUGGUGGUGGUGAGGACUUGACCAGUGACACCAGUUCCACCCUUCAUGUGACUGUAAACCCUUCUGUGAUUGGUCCCUCUCCUUCCUCGGUGGUGAAAAUGGAAGCCAAUCAGAAGGCAAAGAAGAAAAAGGAGAGGCAGGGAUUGCUAGGACCCUGCCGAAUCCCCAGUCCCGAGGGCCAAGUCAAAAUCAAGCGGCGCCCAGUGAAGCCAGGUGUGGGGAGCUUGGAGAAGGUGCCAGUGUGUCGAGCAGGAUCUGGUGAAGGUUCCAGCAAGAAGAAGUUGAAGAACAAGGCCAAAGAGCUGCAAUGUGGCCUGGGGACAUCAACAACUAGCGAGGGGCUUUUCUCUGGCAGCCAGGCCCGGUCAUUUGCAGCCCGGGAUGAUGCAGGGAAGCUCAGCAGUGAACGCCUCAAGAAAGCCACACGCAAGAGCAAAGUGCUGCAGUCAGCCCUCAGGAGAAAGAAUGGGGCACUGGCACUUUCCCCCCGCAAUGCCAAGGCAAUCCUUAGCAAGGGCAAGAAGCUGGCCAAGGUCAAGAACAAGGUGGUUAGCAAGCAGUGCAAAGGCCGAGCAGUCAGCCGGCUGAUGCAGAGCUUUGCCAUGGAGGAUCACUUUGAGUUUGAUGACAAUAGCAGCUUCUCUGAAGAAGAAGAGAUGCCAUCCACUGGUACGGAGCAAGAAAUGACCCCUGCCCAGUCAUGCGCCAUCCACAAGGAGGAUCUCCAGGAUGGACUUCGUGUGCUUAUCCCCAAAGAGGACAGCCUGCUCUAUGCUGGAAGUGUGAAAAGUCUACAGCCACCUGACAUCUACAGCAUCGUCAUUGAGGGAGAGAGAGGGAACCGGCAGAGGAUCUAUUCCCAGGAGCAGCUUCUGCAGGAGGCGGUACUGGAUGUUCGGCCCCAGUCAAGUCACAGCCUCCCACCUGGCACCAGGGUCUGUGCUUAUUGGAGCCAGAAGUCCCGCUGCCUCUACCCAGGGAAUGUCAUUCGAGGUUCCUCGAGUGACGAGGAGGAGGAGGAUACAGACUCCGUGCUUGUUGAAUUCGAUGAUGGGGACGCAGGUCACAUUGCAGUGUCCAAUAUUCGCAUGUUGCCACCAGACUUCAAAAUCCAGUGCACAGAGCCUUCUCCUGCACUCCUGGUCUCUACCUCCUGCCGUCGUAACAAGAGGUCUUCCAGUGAUGUUCCCCAUUCCAGUGAAUCAGCACCAACCCUGUGUGCUGAGGGUCAGGAGGGUCCAGAGCCAACCAAAAGCACUGGCAAGAAGGCUGCCAGUAAAGAAAAAGCUGGUAAAUCUGACUUGCUGCACUCAAGUUCAAAAGCCCUGCCUGGAGAUCACUUCCUGGGCCGUCGUGCCAGCCCCUUGUUGAGUUGGUCUGCUGUGGCCCAGACCAAGCGAAAGGCAUCCAGCAAGAGCACAGCUAUGCGGCAGAACCUUUUCCAGCUCAAUGGCAGCAGCAAGAAGCUGCGGACCAAAGAGGUGCUCUUCCCCGUACACAGCAUGGCUACCCCCAUCUUUGGCAACGGCUUUGGCUCAGACUCAUUCAGCCGCAUUGCCAACUCUUACUCAGCUUUUGGAAGUGCUGGCCUGGUUCUGCCUGGUGCCCAGAAGCUUUUGCGUGCCAAGAAGGCUGAGCGGUUGGAUGCUGAGCUAGGCAAGGGAGGACGCCGGAAAGUGGGGGGUGAGUAUCUAGUCAAACUGGAUCACGAGGGAGUGACGUCGCCCAAGAACAAAAACUGCAAGGCAUUGCUGAUGAGCGACAAGGACUUUGGGUCCUUGUCUGGCCAUGGCUACGCCCACCCUGCCCUGGGGAUCAAGGAGAAGAAGAGUGCAUUGCCCAUGGGACUGGCAUUACGCAAGUACACGGGUCAAACAGAGUAUGGACUGCACUGCGACAGUGACUGUCACAGCUCCUACUCAGACAUGGAUGAAGACGAGGUGGAUGAUCUGAGGGGCAGCGUCCCAUCUCGUUUCCUGACGCGCCUUUCUGUCUCUUCAUCCUCUUCUGGAUCGUCCACCUCCUCCAGCUCCGGCUCCGGCUCCACUUCUAGCCUCUGCUCAUCUGACAACGAGGACUCCUCCUAUAGUUCUGACGACGAAGACUCCACGUUGCUUCUGCAGACCUGUCUCACGCAUCCUGUUCCAGCCCUGCUGGCUCAGUCCGAAGCCCUGCGUUCCAAGGGCAGCACCCUGCAGAGGUGCUUUGGCACUGGUGCCAAGGGCAAGCUCAGGCGCAAGGAGGUCCUGAGCUUCUCUAAAGCCAAAGAGUUCUCCCGCCGGCAGCGGCUGCCCUCGGUGGAAAACCGGCCAAAGAUCUCUGCGUUCCUGCCCGCACGUCAGCUCUGGAAGUGGUCUGGGAAUCCCACUCAGCGUCGUGGCAUGAAGGGGAAAGCUCGGAAAUUGUUCUACAAGGCGAUUGUACGGGGCAAGGAGACCCUGCGCAUCGGUGACUGUGCAGUCUUCCUGUCAGCUGGGCGGCCCCACCUGCCAUACAUUGGCCGCAUUGAGAGCAUGUGGGAAUCCUGGGGCAGCAACAUGGUCGUCAAAGUAAAAUGGUUCUACCAUCCUGAGGAGACCAAGCUGGGCAAGCGACAUAGCGAUGGCAAGAAUGCGCUGUACCAGUCAUGCCACGAAGACGAGAAUGAUGUCCAGACCAUCUCGCACAAAUGCCAGGUGGUUGAACGUGAACACUAUGAGCAGCUGACUCGCAGCAAGAAAUACCAGGACCGGCAAGACCUCUACUACCUGGCAGGGAGUUAUGAUCCCACCACAGGCCGACUUGUGACUGCAGAUGGCGUGCCCAUCCUGUGCUGAGGCUGCAAGGCACAACCACUGCUCCAGGGCCAGAAAGUGGCUGGGGGAGGCAGGAGGGCCAAGGGACAGUGGAAGGGGCCAGUCUCCUCUUCCUGGCUUCUUGGCAAUUGGUUGUAAGGCCCUGAAAUAUGCAAGGUGCCCGGCUUUGCCAUGCCCGGGGUUGCAGGCUGAUCCCGGCUCCCCACACGGCUCUGUACAGAUUUGAAUCCAAGCCAUACUUUCCCUAGUACCUCUGACUGUUUGCCGCAGGCCAAACACAAAUCAGGUUACCGCUCUAUUUAUUUCGUGUGUAAAUAAUGUAUUUCUGAUGGGAAGUUUUAUGGAGAAGAAGCAAACACAACAAAAAAGGCAGGUUUUAGGGGGUGGGAGGGUAGGGUUAUUUGAUGGGUUUUAUUUUGUGUUCGAUGCACUGUUUUCCCCCCAGCUUAGCUGGGGGUGCAGACGCCAGGCAAGCGUGUAAAUACAGAAGGGGGCACUUGAACAAUGUGGCAGCGCAGAUUCCCAAAGGCUACGCUGACUUCCUCACAAAACUGUGUGUACUAUAGACUCGCCUCACCCGUCCCCUCCUACCCUUUUUUAUUAUUAUUAUUAAUUAUUAUUAUUAUUAUUAUUAUUAAUUAUUAUUAUUGUUGUUAUUCUAAUGAUAAUUAUUCUGACAAUGUCUGCGGAUGUUAAUAUGCUCCUGUUAAAGAGAAGAUUAUAUAUAUUAUUAUAAAAUCAGGA